AUGGAACGAUUCCCCAUAUCAGCCGGGCCCGACGUCAUUUUCGAAAGCUUCAAGAAGAAUGGGGUGGUGGUGAUUGAAAAUUUCCUGACCAAGGAUCAGUUGGACAGGUUUACUGCCGACAUCAACCCUGCGCUGGAUAAACUGGUCCAGGGGUACACUACCGGCCUAGAAGGUACGGAGGCGGAUGAUUUUUAUGGAAAGAAGACCAAAAGACUAGGCCAGCUAGCAACAAUAAGCCCCGUGUUUCGUCAUGAGCUUUUGGAGAACGACUUGAUGCAUUCCUUGUUGGAGCGUGUCUUCAUCGAAUCUCCGGUGGAUGGAUACUGGAUGAACACAAGUGAUGUCAUUGAAAUCGGUCCUGGAAGCAAGCCGCAGCCUAUCCAUCGUGAUCAAGAGUUAUACCCUCCAUGGAACAUAGGAGGACCUGCCAUGCCGGAAGCAGUUUGCAACUUCAUGACUGCACUCACUCCAUUCACGGCCGAAAAUGGGGCAACGCAGAUGGCUCCAGGAACCCAUCUCGAGGCAAUCUCUGAGCGCCUUGAGAACGGAGAAUUACCAGGCUCUCACAACACCAUCCCAGCGACCAUGAACCCAGGAGACUGUGCAUUUUUUUCAGGGAAGAUUCUUCACUAUGGCGGUGGAAAUAAUACCACUGAUAUAUUCCGUCGUGGUCUUUCGAUGAGCUUCAUUCGCAGAAUAUUGUCUCCAGAACAAGCACACCCACUUUCUGUUCCUCGCGAUAUUGUUGAGUCCAUGGCAUAUCGAGGCCAGGCAAUGCUAGGAUUCCGAAGUCAAUGGCCCGUCAUGGAGUAUGGGCCAAAUGUAAUCUGGUCUUACCAAGGGUCGGAUAUUGGGAAGAAGCUGGGACUUGGGGACAAGAAUUGA